UCGUCGCGUGGGAGGUACCUCCGAAUUUUUGGUAGCCAGCAGUGCUACGGUUGAAGUGUUGGCAUUAUUAAAACGAUUUUUCGGUCAAAAAAAGAAGAGAUAGUGUUUGAUUUACGCGGCGUUUCGUAUACCUUCAGCACUCCAAAAGAAGAGGAACAAAAUACUUAAAAGUUUACACUUAGAAAAAGGAAACAGCGGCUUUCAAUAUGGUUAACAUUGUGGAUAGCGGCUCCAAGCAUGCGCCCCAGGAAAUGGAGCAGUUCCUGCCCGGCGAAGGAAAAGUCAUGUACAAAAUCCAACCCCGUAAGUCAGAUACCGAACAGGCCUUGGCUGGAAACGACUUCGAUCCGUUUGCCCUGCGAGAUAAUGAACAUCCCACAACUGAUAAUGAAACUCUUACGCAUUUGCUUAAGGCUUCCUUGGGCACUGGCAUCCUGGGCAUGCCCUUUGCCUUUAUGUGCUCCGGUAUCGUCAUGGGAAUCUUCUCCACCAUUUUCACCGCCUUUAUUUGCACGCACUGCAGUUAUAUUCUGGUUAAAUGCGGUCACAAGCUGUACUACAGGACACGUCGGACCAAGAUGACCUUUGCCGAAAUCGCCGAAGCUGCUUUCCAGAAGGGACCAAAAUGGAGCCGUGGCUUCGCACCGGUGGCCAAGUUCUCCAUUCUUUUUGGUCUGUUCCUAACAUACUUCGGCACCUGCUCAGUUUACACGGUGAUUGUGGCCUCAAACUUUGAGCAGUUGAUUGCUCACUGGACGGGAACAGCGGUGUCGCUACGUAUGCUCAUUUGCAUAAUGCUUGUUCCUUUGAUCCUGAUCGCAUGGGUUCCCAAUCUAAAGUACCUGGCGCCCGUUUCGAUGGUGGCCAAUGCUUUCAUGGCCCUGGGACUAGGUAUUACAUUCUACUAUCUGGUUCAGGAUCUGCCCCCGGUGCAGGAUCGCGAAUAUGUGUCUUGGGGCACCUUGCCGCAGUUCUUCUCGAUCACCAUCUUUGCGAUGGAGGCUAUUGGUGUGGUUAUGCCGUUGGAGAAUAACAUGAAGACACCUCAAAGUUUCCUCGGAAUCUGCGGAGUGCUCAGCCAGGGUAUGUCUGGUGUGACCCUCAUCUACAUGCUGCUGGGAUUCCUUGGCUAUCUGCGCUAUGGUUCUAGAACCGAGGAAAGCAUCACCCUAAAUCUGCCCAUCGAAGAGUGGCCCGCCCAGGCGGUGAAGGUUCUGAUUUCGCUGGCCGUCUAUUGCACAUUUGGACUGCAGUUCUUUGUGUGCCUGGAGAUCAUGUGGGAUGGUAUUAAGGAGAAGUGCAAGAAGCGCCCGACUUUGGUCAACUAUGUGCUGCGCACUGUUAUGGUGACUGCUGCCGUUGUUUUGGCCGUUGCUGUUCCUAAAAUUGGCCCAUUCAUGGGUCUCAUCGGUGCUUUCUGCUUCUCCAUCCUGGGAUUGAUCUUCCCGGUUGUUAUUGAGCUUAUUGUUCAUUGGGAGACUGGUUUUGGAAAGUACAACUGGAUACUGUGGAAGAACGUCCUUAUAACCUUCUGCGGAAUCGGUGCUUUGAUCUUUGGCACCCAGGCGGCCAUCAAGGAUAUUGUGAAAGCCUACUCUGAUAAUGGAAACGUUGGAGAAUAGAAAGCCAUAGUUUUAGGAGAGAGGCUCCGCUACCUAGAAAUAAUCUAACUUUUGUUAGAUGUAAAACUGCGCCCACAUUUUGUACAUUUUGUCUGUUGCUUAGUGUGUCUGUUUUGAGAACCGAAAGGGAUUUAUUAAGAAAUUUCACUAAGCGAGUGCCUACUAUAUUUAGCACACUCUUAAGCACCACUAUGCCGUUUUAGCACGUUUUAGUACACUUGCAAUUAUAUAAAGUAGAGAGUAAGCUAGUUGAUAGCCGUUGAGAACACUUUUUAGAGCAGAUUCCCAAACACGAUUCCAGCGGCAUUCAAACUGGAACUGUACUAAGUGCA